AUGAAGGCAAUGAGAAUUGAGGUGGGAAAAUGCAAGCGAGGAAAAAGGACUAUAGCCAGUGAGUGUCCACCCUGGGAACCAGCUUUUGCAGCAGUUUCUGUCCCGCUGUUUUGUGCGAAGCGGGUCUGGUUGCUUGCGGUGGCCGGUGGUGUGAGUGGCGUGAGCAGGACCCGCUGUCCAAAACGGUCCCGCAGCUCUCCCCGUCAGCGACAGGAAAUCAGUCACGAUACUAAGAAAUUCCGAUUUGGGCUACCUUCACCAGAUCAUAUAUUAGGGUUACCCGUAGGCCAACAUGUUUACCUUUCUGCAAAAAUCGAUGGUAAUCUGGUGAUUCGAGCCUAUACCCCGGUUUCCAGUGAUGAGACAAAAGGUUAUGUUGAUUUAAUUAUAAAGGUCUACCACAAAAAUGUGAACCCCAAGUUUCCCGAAGGUGGGAAGAUGUCCCAGUACCUAAAUGACAUGAAGAUUGGAGACAUUAUUGAUUUCAGAGGCCCAAAUGGGCUCCUUGUCUAUAAAGGGUCAGGCACCUUUCUUAUCAAGCCUCAUAAGAAGUCUGAAGCAGAGAAAAAGUUUGCAAAACAUCUUGGGAUGAUAGCUGGAGGAACAGGAAUAACUCCUAUGUUGCAGCUGAUUCGUCGUAUCACAGAAGAUCCUAAGGACUCUACAAAAUGUUAUCUUCUUUUUGCCAAUCAGACAGAAAAAGAUAUAUUACUGAGAGAUGAGCUAGAAGACAUUGCUAAGAGGCAUCCUGAUCAGUUCACGCUUUGGUAUACGCUGGACAGACCUCCACAAGAUUGGAAGUACAGUUCUGGCUUCGUCACUGCAGACAUGAUUAAAACCCACCUCCCUUCCCCCGGCAGUGAGACACUUGUUCUCAUGUGUGGGCCACCACCUAUGAUUCAGUUUGCGUGUCAGCCCAACCUGGACAAACUCGGCUAUCCCAAGAGCAGUACAUUUUCUUAUUAACACUGAUCACGUCUGAUACCUUUUCGUAAACAAUGGAGACUGUGGACCUGAAUCUGUUCCCGAAGAAAGAGGUGAAAGGUCAUCCGAGACUACUGUACCAUCUACGUUCUCUGUUUCUCCUGGGUUAAGAACAGUAAU